AUGGUCGCAUGGGGUCGCGGUGCGACAGCAGCCGUGUUCGGGAUAGGUAGAGGCCGGCAUUCCCAAGGUGGACCCGAUGGCGGGAAAAGCGGGUUACCACUAACAUUUUCGGAUAGCGAUCGGUGGAAGACGAGCAAUGGGUGCGGUUUCGCCGUGCUGGUAACCCGACGAUGGGAGUCGCUGCUGGUGUGGGCGAGCAGUGGCGGAAUUCGCUGGCUGGUCGCAGGCUUGGCUAUCGCUAUCAUGUUUUCCAAGGCCCUUGCCGUGUGGCUACAGACGCUGCUGAUCGGCCCCACUGCAUCCUUUGGAUCCGACACCGCCAACUUCCCCCUCUACUCCGAGGUGGCUCGCUGGUAUGCCAGUGGAGUCACGGCCGUGCUUGCACUCAUGGCCACCAAGCUCCUGGGCCGCCCCAUACUCUCGCCAGUCCCCAUCUACUCCUUUGCUGGCGCUGGUGCUGCCAUCACCAUCACGGCAGUGUGCAUCAGAGAGCUCAACGGGCGCAUUGGCAUUGGAGCCACCUGCAUGGUCUAUGCCCUGUGCACUCUCUCACUGCUUCUCUGGCAGUCGAUACUGAGUGGGGCGCCCAUGCUCGUGGGCUCCUGCAGCGGAUCCUCCCCCGUGGCAGCGGUGGCGUGGCGGCGAAUGCACUCGCUGCGUCUGCUGGGAUGUCUGCUCGCCUGCCUGGUCGCCUACAGCUGCUGGCUCUGGUUCCCACCGGCCUCUGAGGCAGCGCGGGUGCUACUGCCCUCUGCCACGCCGCUUUACCUCUGGCCGCCUGCCAGCAUGGGGGUGCGCUACUGGUGGUGGAUCGGGCCCCUCGCCGUGCCCAUAUUCGCGUUUCUCCUGUUCUGCUCUGACGGCCUAGCAGUGGCACUGCAAGAGCGAGUCUAUCUACAAUACGACCUGCCAGUCACCUCGCUCGUGCUCUACGUGUCCACAUCUGCCUUGUUUGUUGACUUCUGGGCGUUUGCCUUCAGUGACCACUUCGACCGCGCCUUUGGCUUCGUCUUUGACUGCCCGCAGUGCCUGCUGUACCUCGUGCUCGCAUCCGUGCCAUCAGCGCUGGCAACCUUCCUCACGGCGCUGCUGCUGAGAGUCUCAGGCGGGCUCGUCUCCUCUCUCGUCUUGCGGGUCGUCAUGAUCCUCCUUCUCUUCCCUCUGGACCCCUUUGCACCGCUCUGGAAAGUGCCUCAAAUUCUUACAGGCGUGGGCAUAACGGUGGCAAUGGUCGCUCUCUUAAUAACUGACGUCCCUCACUUGCUCUCCUCCUCCUCCUCUUCCUCCUCCUCUUCCUCCUCCUCGUCAACCAUCCUCACAUCCUCCACGGCUGUUCUGCCGGUUAGUAGUGGAGGUGGCGGAUCAGGGUCGGCGGUUACCAGUCCUGGCAAAGGCAGUAAUGUGGUUACCAUCGAGGCUCCCGAUGAGUGA